UCCAAAAUACAUUUUAUUGAUACCAAUUUUUUCUUGUUUUAUGAAGAAACCUGGUUCCAAAGUUCUCUACCUAGGAGCUGCUUCAGGAACAACUGUGUCUCAUGUGUCUGAUAUUGUUGGACCAACCGGAGUUGUCUAUGCAGUAGAGUUCUCCCAUCGCAGUGGCCGUGAUUUGGUCAACAUGGCUAAGAAGCGUACCAAUGUCAUUCCCAUUAUUGAAGAUGCUAGACAUCCAGCCAAGUACAGAAUGUUGGUUGGCAUGGUAGAUGUUAUAUUUUCUGAUGUUGCUCAACCUGAUCAGGCAAGAAUUUUAGGUUUCAAUGCUUCAUAUUAUCUCAAAGCUGGAGGUCAUUUUGUUAUUUCUAUCAAGGCCAAUUGCAUCGAUUCCACAGUCCCUGCUACGGUAGUCUUCGAUAAUGAAGUGAACAAGUUGAAGGCAGAUCAACUUAAGCCAAUUGAGCAAAUUACUCUUGAACCAUUUGAGAGGGACCAUGCUUGUGUUGUUGGUGGCUACAGAGUGCCUAAGAAGAAGAAAGAUGCAGAGUAAUUUUGAGAAAACAUGUACUAUUUAUUGCCUUGUGACUUAUGUAACUUGGAAUUUUUGAUCAACUGCGAUUUAGGAUUUUGUUUUAGUUUUGUUUGAAUGAAUACUUUAUAUCUUGGUACGUAUUGUGAUGCUUCCUAGUAUGAUAAAUUAUGUGGUUUAUAUAUAUUUGCAAAUCAUAUGUUUA